UCGGUAAAUAGUGGUGAUGUCAUGCGGGCAAGAUGGCGGAAGGGGAGGACGUGGGAUGGUGGCGGAGCUGGCUGCAGCAGAGCUACCAGGCAGUCAAAGAGAAGUCCACCGAGGCUCUGGAGUUCAUGAAGCGGGACCUGACAGAAUUUACUCAGGUGGUACAGCAUGACACGGCCUGCACCAUAGCCGCCACGGCCAGUGUGGUCAAGGAGAAGCUAGCGACCGAAGGCUCCUCAGGGGCAACAGAAAAAAUGAAGAAGGGAUUAUCUGACUUCUUAGGGGUCAUCUCAGACACUUUUGCCCCCUCACCAGACAAAACCAUCGACUGUGAUGUCAUCACCCUGAUGGGCACACCCUCUGGCACAGCUGAGCCAUAUGAUGGCACCAAGGCUCGCCUCUACAGUCUGCAGUCAGACCCAGCAACAUACUGCAAUGAACCGGAUGGGCCCCCGGAACUGUUUGACGCCUGGCUUUCCCAGUUCUGCUUGGAGGAGAAGAAGGGGGAGAUCUCAGAGCUCCUUGUAGGCAGCCCCUCCAUCCGGGCCCUCUACACCAAGAUGGUUCCAGCAGCUGUUUCCCACUCAGAAUUCUGGCAUCGGUAUUUCUAUAAAGUCCACCAACUUGAACAGGAGCAGGCCCGGAGAGACGCCCUGAAACAGCGGGCAGACCAGAGCAUCUCUGAAGAGCCUGGCUGGGAGGAGGAAGAAGAGGAGCUUGAAGGAAUUGCACCAUCUCCAGAAGAGACAAAGAUUCCAAAAGAGACCAAAACUUCCACAUCCCCUAAAGAUGGGCCUGGGCCCCAGAGCCCUUGUGAAGAGACUCCAUUGGAGCCCCCUGCAGAGGUGACCCCAUCAGAGAGCAGCGAAAGCAUCUCCCUCGUGACACAGAUUGCCAACCCUGCUGCUGCACCCGAGGCACCAGUGCUGCCCAAAGACCUGUCCCAAAAGUUGCUUGAAGCGUCUUUGGAAGAACAGAGUCUGCCUGAGGAUGAGGGUGAAACUGGACCCCCACCCCCAGUUCCCUCCAAGUCACUAACUCCUGCAGGCCGAGCCAGUGGCCCAGAGCCCAGGCCUCCAGCCAGAGUAGAGACCCUGAGAGAGGAGGUACCCACAGACUUACGGGUGUUCGAGCUGAACUCAGAUAGUGGGAAGUCUACACCCUCCAACAAUGGCAAGAAAGGCUCCAGCACGGACAUCAGUGAGGACUGGGAGAAGGACUUUGACCUGGACAUGACUGAAGAGGAAGUGCAGAUGGCACUUUCCAAAGUGGACGCCUCCGAUGAGCUGGAAGAUGCAGAGUGGGAGGACUGGGAAUGAGGGAGCCAGAGCAAGCAGCUCCCCCACCCACAGCACAUCCCACCUCCCUCACCCGCUAGUCUCAACCGGCCCUAGAAGACACUGAGAAUGUCCCCGCAAAUGGCCUCUACCAUCCAGAACUCGGUACAUAUUCUGGUGGCUCCCUGCUGGCCCUCUGCUCACACCUUGGAAGAGCCUUUCUAAAUACAAAUCCAGAAGCCUGACUUGUGCCAACCUUAGGGUGACCUAAAGGGAGGACUGUACCCUAUCAUUGGAGAGCCUGCAUUUCUCUGCUGCUGUAGAGUUCCUUCUGGGACACCUCCUGGAGUGGCUGUCUUCUGCACAGGGACAGGAG